CAAUUUUAUCUCAAAAUAUCAAUUACCAAUUGCAUUGCAUCAUUGCUAUCACACAUUUUAUGUGUGUAAAUCUUGUUGUUCCUAUGUGUAAUUUUUUUGGAAUUUUGAAAACGCUGAACCGGUUUCUGAAAGUCUUACUGGGAACAGGAAUGUGUUGGAUCAGAUGGUGUGCUGACUGUAGAAGGUUUUCAUAUAUUUUUGCAGUUCUCUUGCUCAUUGUUCUAUCAGAGAAGAACAAUCGUGUUGUCUUUAACUAACAGGUGAUACACUGAUUGCUUUUGUUUUGGUAGCCUCGCAUUUUACUUCAUUUUUAAAAGCAUGUGAAAACACUGAGCCUCAGAAAUACCACUUGCCUCUCUGCACAAACUUUAUGAAUGCAGUUGUGGCAGAUGUCCACGGAGUGACGCUAUAGACCGUCACAUUUAGAGUUUCUGUGUAGUUCUUUCACGCUCCUCCCAGUUGUCGAUGAUGAUUUGGUUUCGUCCAGGCUUUGUCACAAAGAAAGAACGAAAGGAUAGAGGGAAGAUCUGUUUUAACCACGUGUAAAUUAUACAUUUGACGCAGUCUGAAGUUGUAUGUUUUAAUCGUUUUGAGAAUCGUGAACGGGUUUCCUAACACUGGAUGUGUAUUUAAAUCAUCUUAUGGAAUUAUGGCUGUAACGAGGACGUCUAUUGUUUCUUAUCUGCUGGUUGUGCUACUGGAGUGUUGCUGGGAGGCGGAGGCUGGGCAGCUCUCCUAUUCCGUGUUAGAGGAAGUGAAUCCGGGGACUUCUGUAGGAAAUAUCGCUAAGGAUUUAAACCUCAACCUUCAAGAUUUGGAAUCCCGUAUGUUUCAAAUCGUUACUGGAUCAAAAAGAAAAUAUUUCGAGGUAAACGUAAAGACUGGUGUUCUUUACGUGAAUGAGAGAAUAGACAGAGAAGAGCUUUGUGCGAAGGCACCAGAGUGCACAGUCAGUGUAGAAGCCGUCAUUAACAAUCCGCUGAAGCUUUAUCGCUUAGAAAUAAAUAUACUAGAUGUUAACGACAACGAUCCCCUAUUCACCGAGAAGUCUCAAAUUGUAGACAUAGCGGAGAAUACUCUGCCUGGGAUGAAAUUCGCUUUGUCAGAAGCCAUCGAUGCAGACGUAGGUAAGAACACGGUUAACGCGUUUAAAUUAACACCAAAUGAGUAUUUCUCUCUCGCUACGAUCAAAACAGGAGAAAGUGUGUCUGCCGAAUUAGUUUUACAGAAAACGCUGGAUCGAGAGAAGCAGCCUGUGAUACAUCUCACCCUGACUGCCAUAGACGGAGGGAGUCCGCCGAGAUCUGGCACGUCUCAGAUCAUUAUUCACGUUUUAGACAACAACGAUAACCCUCCAGUGUUUAGUAGCCCCCUGUACAAAACUCGCAUUUCUGAAAACACGCCAAUUGGGACGACAGUGAUCACACUAAAUGCAACCGACGCGGAUGAGGGGACAAAUGGUGAGAUAGUUUAUUCCCUGAGAAGCAAAGGGCAGGACCGCAUAUUAGAGAUUUUCAGUAUUGAUCCCUUAACGGGUGGGAUUAUGGUCAAAGCUAAUGUCGAUUAUGAACAAUAUACAGCAUUCGAGAUCCGCGCAGAAGCAAACGAUAAGGGCCAGCCGCCAAUGUCUGCUCACUGUAAAGUGCUGGUUGAAGUAAUUGAUGUAAACGACAACGCUCCGCAGAUCACAGUGACGUCACUGUCCAAUACUGUGAAGGAGGAUGCUGACCCAGGUACUGCGAUUGCACUGGUAUCCAUUCUAGACAGUGAUGGCGGAAGAAAUGGCGAAGUAAAAUGUAAAAUCUUAAAUCGGGUUCCCUUUAAACUAGAGACAAACUACAAAAACUAUUACUCUUUAGUUGUUGGCGGGGCUCUUGACAGAGAAAUCACCUCCAGCUACAACGUUACAAUCUCCGCUACCGACGAGGGCACUCCUCCCCUCUCCAACACUAGCGUUAUUACUGUUCACGUUUCUGAUGUAAAUGACAACUCGCCUCGUUUCCCAGAACCUGUGGUAAAUGUUUACGUUAAAGAAAACGGUAACGUUGGAGUAAUUAUUAAAACAGUAUCUGCAUCUGAUGCGGACAUUGACCUGAAUAGCCAGGUGAGAUAUUCAUUUUUACGCAACAACAGUAACUCGGUCCCAGUGUCUACAAUGGUGAACAUCAACUCAGAGACUGGAGAUAUAGUCAGCCUGCAGUCCUUUAACUACGAGGAGCUCAAAACCUUCCAGUUUAAAGUUCAGGCCACAGACUCUGGUGUUCCUCCGCUCAGCAGCAACGUGACUGUCAACGUUUUCAUCCUGGAUGAAAAUGACAAUAAUCCAGCCAUUCUGGCGCCCUAUUCUGAGCACGGCUCCGUUAACAGUGAGAGCAUCCCCUAUUCUGCUGAAGCGGGAUACUUUGUGGCAAAGAUCAGGGCUGUAGACGCAGACUCUGGAUACAAUGCGCUGCUCUCUUAUCACCUGUCUGAGCCCAAAGGAAACAACCUCUUCCGGAUCGGAACCAGCACCGGGGAAAUCAGGACUAAGAGGAGAAUGAGUGACAAUGACCUGAAAACUCACCCCUUGGUGGUGUUGGUGUCUGAUGGCGGAGAACCCUCCCUGUCAGCUACUGUGUCUAUUGAUGUGGUGGUGGUCGAAAGCACAGCUGACAUCCAGACUCAGUUCAGACAUGUGCCCAGAAAGGAGGAGAGCUUCUCUGAUUUAAACCUGUAUCUGCUGAUCGCCAUUGUGUCGGUGUCAGUCAUCUUUCUGCUCAGCCUCGUCACUUUAAUAGCUGUCAAAUGUCACAGGACAGACGGCACUUUCAGCAGGUACGGCGCCCCAAUGAUCACCACCCACCCUGACGGGAGCUGGUCUUACUCUAAAGCUACUCAGCAGUAUGACGUGUGUUUCAGCUCAGACACGUUGAAGAGUGACGUAGUGGUUUUCCCCGCACCGUUUCCGCCUGUAGAUGCGGAGCUCAUCAGCAUUAACGGAGGAGACACUUUUACACGGACUCAGACUUUACCUAACAAAGAAAAGGUAAGAAAUAGAAACAAUGAACACCAUCAGUGCAUAUAUUGAUUUUCAUAUUUAGCUUUAGCUGCGUUACCCAAGGGCAAACACUUGCACAGGAGACUGCAAUUGUCCAUUGGUGGUUUUAAGGUGGUGCACGUGUGGUUUCCUUCAUCAGAGAUAGUAGCACGCUAUUAUGAGCUCUCUGGCAACAUAUAAAGUCUGCUAUAUUCACAGCCUGAUGCUGCCUGAUGGGAAAAGCGCUGUCCGUGGUGCUGAUAUCUCUCUGCGGUCCUCACUCUUCGGUACAUGCUUAAGAUGAACUCUGAUUACACGUGUCACAGUUUAUCAGUUCUCUGAACAUUUUGACAAAAAAAGAAAACAUAAACAUAUGCAAGAGGGCAAAAUAGUUUCACAGUAUACAGGCCUAAACUUUUCAUAUUCUAAAUAUUCAUAACAAGAUUAUAAGGAGAAAAACGAAGGUUUCUUUACUGAUCGUCGUUUUGGUAAAUGUGCCUUUAAAAAUAUUUUUCGUUGUUUACGUAUAUUAGUAAAUAUGUUCAGCAGCAAAAGCUCGGCACAGUCAUAUACCAUCAUUCAUUUAUUCAGCCACUUUUUCUCAUCU